CGGCUCCUCCCCACUUCGUCGAGAAAUCUUAAAACUUCUUUAGCCGUUUCCUUAUUUUGUGUAGAAUUCCGUGCUAAAUUGUAAUGUGAUUGUGUUGUGCAGAUUUUUAUUUAAACUGAAUCAAUUUUUUAUAUAUGGACUCUAUUGAUCUGUUUCUAGUUUUAAGUUAUCGCCAUGCCUGCAUUACAAAAGAUGUACAGCCCAUUGCUGCGUAGUGAUUGCCCUAACGCUUCUAAUCAUGGAUAUGCAGAUAUUCUUCAAAAACGGUCUAUAAAUUCCUUGCUGGACCAACCAGAAAUAUUAACAGAAAAUAAAGGUGAUACUAUGCCGUCGAUUUCUGAUUUACUGGGACUGAAUUCUCCACGCGGAUUACUGAAUUUCGCCAACAAUAACUCCACCGAAAUAUGUUCCUGUUCGUCACCUGGUACAACAAAUUUUUCGCUGGAAGUAGAUGAAAAUAAAUUUCAACCAAAUCCAAUGAAUUACGCAGCUGUUACAUCUACUCCUAAGACGUAUCAAAGAAAUAUGCCAUUUGCAAGUUCAGGUAUUACACCUUGUACUCCUCCUGCAAGUUAUAUAGCUGCUAGAACAUUAAGAAGUACAUCUCUAAGUGACAGUUGUGGCAGCAACAGUCCCACAGUUUUGGAGCAUCUGAAUUACUCUCGAAGUAAUUCACCUGAGUCUGAUUUAAGUGGAUUAUCCAGUCCUGAAGCAGCUUUUAAUUUGAGUGGAAUAUCAAGUCCUGAUGCAUCUUUUAAUGAACUUUUCAAUUCUUUAAAUAUCAAUGAUACUCUAUCGAGAAAUUUGUUUUGCAAUGGAUCCAACGAAUUGGACAUUACCAAUCUUCAACAGUUACAAGCGAUACAAACACUUAAGUAUCUGCAGCAGCCCACUAAUCCUGCUUUUCUCAAUUCGGUGUUGCCUCCUGCGUGUUCGCACAAUAAUAUGCAGCAAAUUAUGGAUAAGUGGAAUAAUGCUCCCUCUUCGUUAUUAAACUUGUUACCAGAAAAUUUACAACUUGAUAGAGCAGCUAGAUUCCACCGUUCUUCCGCAUCCUUAUAUGAUGCUACCUGUACAUGGAGCGGUAUUCUGCCGCCCCGUUCCAACGUCAAACCAAUCGGCUACUCGAGCAAGGUAUUUCUCGGAGGAGUACCUUGGGACAUUACGGAGCAAAUGCUGAUCCAAACGUUUAAACCUUUCGGUCCGAUUCGAGUGGAAUGGCCCGGCAAAGAUAAAGCCGCUUCUCAACCAAAGGGAUACGUAUACAUUAUCUUCGAAUCCGAGAAAAACGUCAAAACUUUACUGCAAGCCUGCACCAGCGAUUAUACUAAUGGUGGUAAUUGGUAUUACUCUAUAAGUUCGAAGCGAAUGAAGGCAAAAGAGGUUCAAGUGAUUCCGUGGAUCAUCAAUGAUUCUAAUCACACUAAAUCCACGUCUCAGAAGUUAGAUCCAAGUAAGACUGUAUUUGUGGGAGCGUUACACGGAAUGCUCAAUGCCGAAGGUUUGGCUAAGAUUAUGAACGAUUUAUUCGAUGGAGUAGUGUAUGCAGGAAUUGAUACUGAUAAGUACAAAUACCCCAUUGGAUCUGGGCGUGUGACCUUCAAUAACCAAAUAUCAUACACCAAAGCUGUUGCUGCAGCUUUUAUAGAAAUCAAAACGGCCAAAUUUACUAAAAAGGUUCAAGUGGAUCCUUACCUGGAAGACUCUCUCUGUUCCAUCUGCCAAGUCCAGCAGGGACCGUACUUCUGCAGAGACAUGAAUUGCUUCCGGUAUUUCUGCCGCACGUGCUGGCAAUGGCAGCACAACGGCGAGCUUCGCCACCACAAGCCUCUGAUGAGAAAUUCGAAAAACAACCAAGUAGUCGGACUCGGCACCUCAUCAUCAGGCAGCAUCACUCCGUCGACCCCGACCUCGCCAAGUAGUCCUAAUCUUUUCUCUUCCUUGCAAAGAGCUUAAAAAAUAUUGUUUCUGGUUCGUAUAAUAUUUACGCAGGGCGUAUAUUAUAUUUCUUGUUAUUGUUACUAAAAAUAGUUAUCUCAAUUCGUUGGUAUAUAUUAUUUAGAUUAAGGUAGGUAAUUUUUAGGGGCGUUUACUUACGUUGUUUUGGUAGCAACAAAAAGGUUCGAGAUUGUUUCGAUAGGUGUUGCACCAUUUUUGACUUGUAUUGAGACUUCGGUCGUCUUCUAAACUAAUUCUAAUUUAAAGUUAAAGAAUACAUUGUCCAGAAUACCUACGAUCCGGUGAAGAUAGCUACAAAUGAUGGAAUGACAUGAUGAAAUAUUUGGUAUUUGGCAGUGUUGCCAUGUCCUUGUUGCGGAUUAUUGCCAUGUAGAAGUAGAUGUAAAUAUUGGAGAAUAAAUCAUUCACCCUCACUAACAACACAGGUAACUAUUAAAACCACGAAUUAUACAAAAAUAAUAAUCAUAAAAUUGAUAUCUGCUGAACAACUGUGGCAAUCUGGCAACUGCAACUUUAAGGUUUCUGACUAUGUUGCCAAAUAUAUCCGCUAAUCUACCAAAUUCUGCAUGUUCUAAUAAUUAACUGCAAUUAAUAUCAAAACACACAAAAAUAUAUUCGUUCGUGUUUUAUAUAAAUUAAAAAAUAGCAGAAUCCAUAAAAUAAUAUAAUAAAAAUGUCUUUUUUCAAAGCUUUCUCCCUGUAUUAUUGAAGCAUAAAACAUAAUACAUUAUAAAGACAUGGCAACACUGCUAAACGCAAAAUUUUUUGUUCUGUGGUCAGUACGUGUACCUAUCUUCACCGUAACGGAUUCCGGACGAUGUCACAAGCUUCAUAUUUGAAACCAUUUUAAAACUUUCCGUCCAAUGGAACAUUAAACACCGUAUUUUAAAACUUUAAUCAUUAAAAAAAUAAAAUAGAGGCAUUUUUUGCCAUCACCUUAAUAAAUUAAUUAUUUUAAAACUUUAAAAUAUUAUUCCCCAUUUAAAUCAAAUUUAAGUGUAUUUUUCUGAUUUGUACAAUUUUAUUUAUAUUAAUAGAACUCUACUAUAAGAGUUUUUUAGAAUAAUGCUUUAUAGUAUCAAGAUUCAACCAUUUUAAAUAGACUUGAGGAUAAAAAAAUGUUAAAUAAUUUAGUUUUUCUUCUUCCUCUGUUCUUUUCGUCCUCUGCAGCACUAUCUUUUUUCCCAGUCAUCUACUCUGAGGUCUCUAUCUAUCAUAGCAAUUUCCUAUGUAAGUUUUUCAUCUCAGAGCAGGUCUUCCCCUCCCGACUUCUUCCCGGCGGGUCCUAGUCGAAUGUUCUUUUCGCCCACCUAUGUUCUGACAUUCUGUAUACAUGCCCGUACCACUACAGAACUCUGUUUUACAACUUCUUUGUAAUUUAGUGUUUUACCUGUUCCAUAUUUCCUCUGUUCUUAUUCUCUUCUCUCUGGUGAUUUGAUUCAUCUUCUCAUAAACUCCAAUUCAACAAAAAUAAAUGUGAAAAAUUUCGAUGUGUAAUUUUCUGUUAAUUUGCAAACACAUUAAGUAUAUUAUUUACUUGAAAAUCAUCAAAAAUUGUUUACUCCUUCAAAAGAUUACUAUAAUUACAAUAUUAUCUAUUCACAUCCAAGGCAAAUCACCACUACUGCACCACUACACGUGAACAGAUAUUGAGAAACGCAAGAAAACAUAAACUUGCCUUCUUAGGUCCAGCGAGCACGGCGCAACUAGUUUAAAACUGCGGUCUGAAACCGAUUGCACUCGUAACUAGUUUGAAACUGGUUUCCAACUAGUUUUCGAUGGUUAUUCAUGUAUUUCGCACGCUUUCCUUGGCUGUUAAUGUUGCAAGUCGCGAUUCAUUAAGUAUUGAAGUAUGUUGACUGCUCUAGUUAUUAUUACCCCGGUGAACAAUAUUUAUAUAGUCUUUCCAUCUUAGUUUGCUGCCUAUACAUUUUUAAUACUACGGUUAACGUUUCAUUGGACAGGAAAAUAAUUCGUACUAUGUAAAUACUUAUAAUACAUAAAUACUGAUUUAAAACAAUUGCUUAGUCCAUACCAAAUAAAGCGAUAUUUGCUGUUUUUAAGAGGCAACAGUAGCGAUCAACAGGUAGCAACAAACGCAGUCCAAGAUUGCGGCUGUAAUUUUAAAUAUUUUGUCGACAUAUUUGGCACACAUAUUCGUAAUAUAAUAAAGAAUGGUGGUACAGAACCCAAUUUGAGAAAUAUGUUAGUAUGUGAAAAUAAAUUACUCUGUAACUAAAUAAAAUAUUGCAAAAAGGUGCCUGUACCGUCAUUAAUAAGAAUAAAAAAAUAAACUUUCUUCAAAUAAACUUUUUUAUCCCAUGCCUUGAUUUUGUUUCAUAUUGGACCUACUAAAAUUUUUUAUCUUUAACAAGAAGUCGAACAUAUUAUAACUAAAUAACUGAUUAGUCAACAUAGAGAAAGUGUCACAGUCAUUUUGACAAACCUGCGUCAGAUUUCUGUUCCGUUAUCUGCAUAGGGAUUACGAACACUCGAUACGAAUCGUAUUCGCCAUGUUUUACCGUAGCGCCGUAGAGUGUUCGUAAUCCCUAUGCCGAUAACAGAACAAAAAUCUGACGCAGGUUUGUCAAAUUUCUUGUUAGAGAUAAAAAAUUUUACUAGGUCCAAUAUGAUACAAAAUCUAGGCAUGGGAUAAAAAAGUUGAUUUGAAGAAAGUUAAUUUUUUGUUCUUCUUAAUGGCGGUACAGGCUCCUUUUUGCAAAAUUUUAUUUAGUUAUAGAGUAAUUUCUACAUACUAACAUAUUUCUGAAAUUGAGCUCUGUACCGCCAUUCUUUAUUAUAUUACGAAUAUGUGUGCCAAAUAUCUCGACAAAAUAUUCAAAAUUACAUACAGCGGCAAUCUUGGACCGCGUUUGUUGCUACCUGUUAAUCGCUACUGUAGCUUCUUAAAGAGACACUUAGCAUCAUCUAAAUAACUAAGUCUGAGUCAAAAUGCUUUACAAUGUGUCUACUUUUACUUGUUCUUAAAUCAGUUUCAAUUCUUAAAAUAUUUUUUAAUGAAAUUUUGAUUUUCUUAAUAUUCGAGGACUUAUGUAUAGAAAAAUACAUACUAUAAUGAAAAAUGUCCUCAAAAGCUAUAUUCUACCUCAUUUACUAAUGUUACUCAUUUAAACUAUAAUUCAACUCAAAAUACUUACAAUGUCUUUUAAUUACUGCAGUGAGUUCAAUAAGAUAUAAGUAUAAUAAUACGGUACACCGUACACCUAUACUUUGCAGAUUAGUAUUUAAACAUAGUUUUGUUGGUCUGUCUUUAUUGUUCACUCGAGGUUGACUUAAUUAGAUAGGUAGUAAUUUGUAGAGUGAAAAUAAAAACGUAAUUAAUCGCCAGUAAACUGGCCGCACAAAAUACUUAUAUUAGCGAAAAGACUGCUUUCUGUAGGCUUCAUUUUAAAUGUUGCUUUAAUUGUAUGUUUAUUGUUGAUUAGUCUACUUUAUAUCAAUGGUUUGCCAACUUGAUUUCAGUAAAUCCAAAAUAUCAGGUAAUAUGAUACGAAAACAACAACACAUAUUUAUAUCUAUCUAUUGCAAUGAAAUUAACACAAAACAAUGGAAACGUAAAACUCUGAAGUCGUUUUAUUGUCCAUAUUUGGCCAAAAAGUCUCAAUUUUGUACUUCAACUAUAUUAGAGUUAACAAAUGAAACAAACAAAGCAAAUGUAUGAAAAAUUAAAUUAAACAAAAUAUGCACAGGCAACUAAAAAAAUGUUUCAUCAUGUUUAAAAGAAUUCAAUUAUAAACCAAAAGGAAUAUACUUAAAACAGAUAAAAAAUUUUAAACAUUAAAUCAUUUAAAGAUUAAAAAACUAUGCGAACCGGUCAUCUAUACCAUUAUUUAUAAUAUAGUAAUAGUUGGUCAACGCAACGAGUAAAUUUGUUUUAUUCUAAUUGAGACAGUCACCAGAUGUCCCCACAAUUUCUGUCAUGAUCGCAACGUCAAAAUGCAUAGACACCAUGUUGGAUACGAUCCUAUUCAUAACACCCCAACUCGCAUACAUAUUAAGAAAAAUAGAUAUAUAUGGAAGAAUAUAAUUUAGAAAUUGAAUUAAUUAAAUUAUAUUCUCCCAUAUAUGUAUUUUUCUUAAUAUGUAUGCAAGUUGGUGUGUUAUGAAUAGGGUCGUAUCCAACUUGGUGUCUAUACAUUUUGGAUUUAUCGUAGUUACGACUGACAUUGCAACCCUGACAGAAAUGGUGGUGAUAUCUGGUGAAGGCCGCGUCCCACCAUCAAAUAAUUUGAUCAAACUGGUUUGAGCAAACUGAAAGUGACAGUUAGUGACGUCACAUCCUGAGUGUUCAUUGUGGAUAAUAAUGAAAAAUUUUAAUUUUAAAUAAAGUACAAACAAGUUAAACAACUCAAUACAAAAAAUUUGAUCAAACUAGACUGAUAGUGAGAGCACAGAUUUUUAGAAUUUCAAAAAAACUGCAAUUGUGACGUCACUUUGACGUACUUCCGGAGUUUGCUCAAACUGUUUGAUCAAAUUAUUUGAUGGUGAGACGCGGCCUUGACUGUCUCAGUUAGAAUUAAACAAAUUUACUCGUUACGUUGACCAACUAUUACUAUAUAAACAAAACUUAUUCCCAAACUUAAGACUGAAUUCAUAUAUAAGGUUCUUGAACCCCUAGGUGCAGCAUAGAGCUUCAGUGAAAACGCGCCAUAGAGUUCUAUUUUGCGUUAAGGUCUUCACCUCAUUCGAAGACUUUGGUUGAUGUUUUAUCUCUUCCAUGAUUGAUCUUCUCCAAAUGUGUGCUGGGUAACCUCUUUUUUUUCUUGGGGAUUCCACUCUAGGGCAGACUGGAACUAUUUUUUCGAAGUGUGACCGAUCCAACCCAACUUUCUUGACUUUAUUUUAUCUUCUACCUUCUUUCGAGUGGCCAGAUGUAGCAGACCUUCAUUUCUGAUGGUGUUAGGCCAGAAAUACGAAGACUGAAUUUACUCUACUUAAAUUAUCACAACAACUGACACACCCUAGAUAAUAAUCAUACCGUAUACCUACCUAAAACCCACAUAAAACUAACAAUUUUUGUCAUUCACCUGGUCAUGGACCCUGUAGUCCUUUGGUAAAACUCAUUAAAGUGUAUAUAGAAGAAGAAAAUUAUGUAAACGAAGGAUAUAGCAAAAUAAUUAAGUAAAGUUUAAUCAAACAAUAGGAAGCGUAUAGCAGAACAUUUCUAUGAAAUUUCUGUUUGACAUUCACAAAGUAAACGUCAGUUUGUGUUUGCAAUGCCUCCUAAGACGAGUGGUAAAGCUGCUAAAAAAGCAGGAAAAACCCAGAAGAACAUUUCAAAAGCCGAUAAAAAAAAAGAAGCAAAAGAGGAAGGAAAGCUAUUUUACAUUUUUAUAAAGUACUCAAACAAGUGCAUCCUGAUACCGGUAUUUCCAGUUAGGAUAUGAGUAUUAUGAAGAGUUUCCCGUUUAGCUCAUUAUAAUAAACGUUCAACAGUUACAAGCAGAGACAUUCAAACCACCGUACGCCAGUGGUUGAUCCAGUGGGGGGGGGCGAUAUGACAUUGUCAGGUCUAAAUUAGCACAUCUUCGUACAUAGAUGGAGCUAGUAGUACUGAAUACAAUAAAGAAAGCUAAACGGCGGAUUUAUAAAAAUUAUGAGAAAUAUGUUAGGGGCACCAUUUUACCCGACUUACCCUACAGUAUUUCAUAUUUAUUCGACGGUUGGAAGGUAAAAGGUUGUAACCCACAAAUCAACUGUUUUCAGGAAGUAGAAAAAACGUUCCAUUUAAGUAAUCUGAUGAGGAAUUAAAUUUAUAAAUUUUUGCAUUACUCUAUAGAUCAAUAAUUCAUCUCUAGAUUAAUGCAAAAAAUUAUUAGGUUAAUUCCUUAUCAGAUUACUUAAAAGGGAUGUUUUUUCUACUUCCUGAAAAAAAAAUUGAUUUUUGGGUUACAACCUUUUACCUUUCAACCGUAGAUAUUAUCUCGUGGAUAUGCGCGCAUUCCUUCCAGUUGCUUCUUCUGUCACUUUCUCCCUCUCUCUCCUACUCGCUCACUUGGGCCAAGCUGUCUCAACCCUCUCAACCACAGCUGUGUACAUAUAGGUAUAGCUCUCCGUGUUCAUUUUUUAAGUGGUUAGCUGUUAGCUUUAGUCCGACAUUAUGGUCUCUCCUUCAACGGAGAAACCAUAACCAUGGCAUCACCACCGAACUAAAUAUAAAAAUAAUAACUGUUAGAAAUUGUUUAUCAAAAUACUCCUGUCUAAAAGUGUAGAACUUAAAAACUUUUAUUGAACUUACUGUAUAAUAAUUUUCUAAAACACAAACACGGUCGUUAGAAUUAGUUUGAAGAUUUAUCUUGUAUAUUUUCUACAUUUCUUACAAAAACUAAUAGAUAAAGAGAAUGUUCUUAAACUAGGUUUGUUGACAUUCGAAUCAUUUUAAUUUCGUAUCGUUUCACUUAUAAAAUCGGAUUUUGUAGUUACAAAACUCCAACGUUCAAAAUGCUUCAAAUGUCGCAAUGUUUUCUUAAUAUUGUUCUGAAGCUAUUUCUUUGUGGCAUUUAUGUAAUUUACUACUCUAACUGGGAAAUAAGCCACAACUUAACUUGAAAAAUGAUUUUAUUGACGUUUCGGCUUCCACUUCGGAUGUCGUUAUCAAAAUACAAAAUAUACCUAUCGAAUUUAUAUAGAUAUGUGAAUUUAUACCAUAUCGCACUUUUCAGUUUCUUCAUAUCUAUUUGUUUGGAGUUCUUGCUAGUGGAAAAUCCGGAAAUGGUACCUAACAUAUACAUAUAUGUAUGUAUUAGGUACCAUUUCUGGAUUUUCCACCAGAUUGUCAGCCAAAUUUCCUAUACAAUAUGCCAAGCAAUCCAAAUAAAUAAAUAUGAAGGAACGGAAAAGUGCGAUGGUAGAUAACACAUACACCUAACCAAACUUAUUUGGAAUCAUUCGAUAUUUCCUAUUAAUUCAAGCGAAUUUAAAAAACCACCAUACGAAGUCAAAUAAUAUUGACAAAAAACAAAGUCUGGAAAUAAAAAAUUUAAACUAGAUAUUUAUUUUAAUGUCAAUAGCAUGAACAUUUUCAACGUAAAGCGAAUAAUUUUUAAAUUGUCUUUAUUUAUUUAUAUUUUUUAGUAGUCAGUGUUACCACCCCUGAACCUUAUGCAAGCUUCAGUUUACGUAAGAGCAUGCUUCUAAUCAAAUUGGCAAUAUUUUGUUGUGGUAGGUUGUUCCAUUCCUGCAGAGAAGUUUGUACUGGCCGUGCAGUAUUUUGUCGAUUAUCCCAGCGAGCUCUAAUUUUGCUUUUAAGCAUAUCCCAUCAAUUCUCUAUAGGGUUAAGGUCGGUUGAGCAAGCAGGUCACUGCAGAAUAGUGAUAUCUUCUCUCAGUCACUCUGCUGAUAUUUUUAGGCGGUAUAUGUAUAGGUACUAUAGGAUCAUAUUGCCUCCCCAGAACAUGACAUUUCCUACUUCAUAUCUGUGAACAGAUCUGGUAGUUUUCGUUCUUUCUGGUCUUCCUCGCCCCCCACGUACACGAAUUGGUUUGGUCAUCUCAUUUUACAAAAUUUCUGGGUUCGUCUGAAAAUAGCAAAUUUUGUUAAUUUCCAAUGUUCCAGUUUAAGUGUUAAAGACACCAGAAGACGUCCGAAAUGGAAGUCGAAACGUCAAUAAAAUCAUUUUUUUAAGUUAAAUUGUGGCUUAUUUCAGAGUUAGAAUAAUAAAUCGCAAUAUUUUCUUAAUGCUUCACCAUGUACUGCUAUUUUAUUACCACGUCACUGUUUUAAUGGUUUAUAAUGUUAUAUCAAUAUUAGUAUAAAAAGUUGUAAUUAAGAGUAGCAUGUAUUUUAACAGUUUUAGCUCGGGUUUUUACCUGCAAUUGAUUUCUUUCUAUUUUUUUAUAACGCGGGGGGUUAAGUCUUCAGAAAUUCUCUUAUUUUUAUAAAGCACGUACCCGACAAUCACUACAAACGUAACUAAACACACUAGAAAUAAAAUUGUAGUGUACUGAGAUGAGAUAGCAAGAUAAAUAGCACGAAAUAAAUUGGGAAUCCCCGAGAGCACUGACGUCGGGAUACGAGGAAUCCCCGUCGCUUGAACAAUUUGAGGUUUAUUUUUGUACCCCGCUUGCUUUUCAACAAAAUCAAAGAAAAAAAACUGUUUAUAACUUGUUGCAAUAUAGUUGCACGAUAGAAUAUAAAACCACGGGAAGGGGGUUCCCUCUACAAAGGGGUGAGUGCGGCCCAAAAUAUCAACUGUCAGCAACACUCCUAAAUUCACGCGCAACUUUGAUACAUCCAAAAUGCAUAGGUACAAUGUACAAAUUUGGAUACAACCCUAUCAUAUUUACAGCAACUCGCAUAUAUAUAGUAUUAAAGAAAAAUAAAUAUUUAGAAUAUUAUAGAAAUUGAAUUAAUGAUGUAUCAAAGUUGUGCGUGAAGUUAGGCGUGUUGAUGACGUAGUGAAUUGAAGAGUAUUGUGAAAUCUGUUUCCGGUUUGCCAGUGGCGUAGAGUUUUUACGGAAAUGGGUAGGUACAUAAAAAAACAACAUAAUAAAAUUUUGCUUUUUUCUUUUUUAAAGAAAAACGUUUGUGUUUGUGUUAAGAAGUUUGGUUACUAGUACAUACUAUGCAUAUAGAUCUCAAAUAAAUACCGAUAUGACUACUUUCGUCUCUCAUUUACAUCUUUAUUCUGUUCUCUAGGAAUCUGGAAAAAAACUAAAUUGUCACCACUCCCCUUUUCUAUAAUAUUGUUACUAUUGCUAUUUGUUGAAACUAUUUUUCGUAAACAUUAUAUUUAGAUACAAUUAUUGAGUACUAAACUUGAUAAUAAAAUAGCAGACAACGGUGAAGAGAAAGAAAAACUUUUAUUACUAUUUGCAAAAAGUGUAUGCUAUUUCUCAGAAAUGUAACGUCAACAAUUUUUAAACUUUUGAAAUAAUCCCACAAGCCAUUUUAUGAAUGAUAUACUUUUCGACUUACUAAUCAUAUUAAUAAUACAAUCGGGACACUUAGAUAUCCCUAAACGUUGAAUUUUAUUAUUUCAAUUUCCAAAAAAAAAUAUGUAAUCGUAUUUUAGCAAUAACCCAGCAUUUUAUAAAACAUUUGUAGUGGAGUGUCCUUAGAAUAAUAUGUAAAAUUUGUAAUUCUUGAAUGGCGAUAUCAGUGAAGGAAUCGUGAAAAGACUUCUUCAUUUUUCAGUUUUAACCGUAUAUUUUUAAUUUAUACAUUAUGUUAUUGAGCAUUACUGAAUUAAGUUUUAGAACUGUUAAUUUUUGUUCGAAGAUCUGCAAUUUUAAUUUAAUUUGGUACUGGUACUGUUACUGGUACUUUGAUAUAAAAUCUUUAAAUUUUCUGUUAAAUUACAAUCUGCUGAGUAUUAACUUUAUUCCUUAUCUCAUCUCUUUUGUUUCAUUUUGUUCUAUUAAUACUAGUACGUCUUACUUUUUUACUCUAUAGUGUUUUAUCGCAUCCACAAGCAUUAAAAUAAACGUUUUAUUUUAUGCUGCAAAUUAGUUGCAUUUUUUUAUUGUUCAGUCUUGGUUUUUGUUAAACUAUUUGCAGUUCCACUUUUGAUAAUCAUAAUUAAGCCAAUUUUCAGAUAAAUUGUUAUGAGAAGAUUGACAAUAUUGUUCUUCUUCUUCUUCUUCUUCUUCUUCGGGUUUUCCCAUUAUGAGUUUGAAGUUUUCCUCUUCCACAGCACUCUCUUCUUUCAGUCACCUUCUCUGCGGUGUCUAUCUAUCAUAGUGUGACAUAAUUAUGUCACAAAAAACCUACUAUUUAUACAACAUUCAAUGUUCUAGAAAUAAAUAACAUCUCGAAUAGUAUUUACAAGAAACAAGAAAGAAUUUACUCCAAAAGUCGAGAAGGAAUAGACCAUCAUAAAUCAUAAAAAAGGUUACUUGGUAAACAUCUUAGGCCGGGAGCUGAAAACAGUCUGUGACAUAAUUAUGUCACAAUAGCAUUUUCUAUGUAUGUUUUCCAUCUCAUAGCAGGUCUUCCUCUCCGUCUUCUUCCCGGCGGGUCGCAGUCUAAUAUUCUUUUCGGCCACCUGUGCUCUGGCAUUCUUUGUGCAUGCCCGUACCUCUGCAGGGCCCUGUUUUCGAACUUUUUUUUUAAUUUAGCAUUCUACUUCCAUUCUUUUCCAUAUUUACUUUGUUCUUGUUCUAUCCUCUCUGGUGAGUUGUAGACAUCCUCGCAUAAAGUCCAAUUCAACUGUUUUUAUUUUAUUUCGGAUUGUUGUUGUCAUUGGCCAUACUUCUGCUCCAUAUAAUAUUCCGGGUACUAUUCAGCAAUAUGCUCUGAAAGAUCCUUUUUGUUGUUUUCUUUGGUUAAAGUGUUGUUCCAUAUCACACCAAGGAAUGCUUUUGUGCUAAGGGCAUGGAGUGGUUUUGUGGUUCCGAUAAAGCAUGCCUUUCGAAUACCCUGCUAGCUUUUGUAUGCUUCGUUUUGAGCGUCAACUUACUUCCAGCCUGAUUCGAUUCGAGUACACUGCCAGGCGGACAGUUUAACUUAGGCGGUACAUCUGUCAAAUAAUAGAGCAUGUGUCCUAAGGUCAGCUCAGCGAAGACAGAAACCUCGCGUAGAGCAAAAAAAAAAAGGCAAAAGCUGGCAUGAUCCUGGCAUUCAGUAUUUAUGCAUGCAUAUGGACUUCGAAAUCACGGCCUAUCGAUCUAUUUUGGCUUAAAGCGUUUUCAGCAAGAGGUGUCAAAAAAGUUACCACAGGGAUAACUGACUAACAUCUGCCAAAGAAUAAUGCAGGUGUCCUAAGGCCAGCUCAGCGAAGACAGAAACCUGGCAUAGAGCAAAAGGGCAAAAGUUGGCUUGAUCCUGAUGUUCAGUAUUUUUGCAUGCAUAGGGACUUCGAAAUCACGGCUUAUCGAUAUCUUUUGGCUUAAAACGUUUUCAGCAAGAAGUGUCAGAAAAAUUACCACAGGUGUCAGAAACCUCGCAUAGAGCAAAAGCUGGAUUGAUCCUGAUGUUCAGUAUGCAUAGGGACUGCGAAAGCACCGCCUAUCGAUCCUUUUGGAUUGAAGAGUUUUCAGCAAGAGAUGCCAGAAAGUCACCACUGGGAUAGCUGAUAACUAACAUAUUAAAAAAUAACGCAGAAGUCCUAAGGCCAGCUCAGCGAGGUCAGAAACCUCACAUAGAGCAAAAGAGCAAAAGCUGGCUUGAUGCUGAUGUUCAGUAUUCAUGGGUACUGCGAAAGCAUGGCCUAUCAAUCCUUUUAAAUUGAAGAGUUUUCAGCAAGAGGUGUCAGAAAAGUUGUCACAGGGAUAACUGGCUUGUGACGGCCAAGCGUUCAUGACGACUUCCCUUUUUGGUCCUUCGAUGCCGGAUCUUCCUAUCAGUGCGAAGUAAAAUUCACCAAGCGUUGGAUUUUUCACCCGUAGACAGGAAACGUGAGCUGGGUUUAGACCAACAUGAGACAGGAGUUGUAGAAGUUCUACUUUAUACCCUGUAUUUGCGAUUUCUGCAUCUCCUUAUCUCUUUGGAUAUUGUUUUUUUUUUGUCAUCUUCCCGUGAAUAUGAAUUUCCCUAGUACUGAUCGAAUAUUUGGUCGUUUCUAAUGCUUUUAAUAAAAUUUAUUACUUCUGUCUUCAAUUUUACUUAUUUACCAUUUUUUGUUUAUUCAAACUUGCCUGGUUAUACUUAUAUAACUUUUAUUUGCUAGUACAUAGUCUCUUUUGAUCAUUUUUUUUUUAUUUUAACUAGAAAGUAUCCUCAGUAUUAUUACAAAACUUUAAUUACACGUUCAUUUACAUACAAAACUUGCUGAUUCCCUGAUAUUGCUGUUCGGGUAUAGAUCUUGAGGCACUCUACUAUUGGAUUUGUUAGUGUUUAACAUAAGUGUAGUUUUAAGUGUUGAUAUUUAAAUUUUUUAAUUGUUAAAAAUAUUUUGGAGGUCGGGUUAAUUAUUUAAAUAGUUUUAUAAAUUUUAAGAUAUUUGCAUUACAGUCCGAACUGUAUAGUAUGUAGUAUAUUGAUGAGACUGCUCUAUCGGUGAUAAAUCGGCUAUGAACAAGGUCAUUACGAUUUUGGUUAAUGGUUUUUGAAACCAAUUUUUCAGAUGAUUAUUGAAUAUGAUGGAAAUAACUUGUUACUAUGUUCAGAAAUUUACUAUUAAAAUGUGAUUUGUGUCACUAAAA